UGUUGUGGAGGGCCCUUCUACCCCAGUAACUGAACUGGAGGUCCAAAGCUGCAAUGUGCCUCUAGCUGGUUGGAGUUUGCUUCAAUACCUUCCUGGACUCCACAAAUUAACUAUCCACAACUGCAACAAUGUGGCUGCUAGCUCACCAGAAGUCUUUCUGGCCCCGUCCUCACUCCAGACACUCCGCUUCUCUGCGUGCAACAGCAUGAGCUCACUUCCACAAGAAUUGGGUUGCCUCGCCUCUCUCAAGGAACUGCAGAUCGUGUCCUGCGAACAGCUCAACUCUUUGCCGGAUAGCAUGCAACAACUCACCUCCCUCCAAUCGAUGCAUUUCACGGACUGUGCCAGCAUCACAGCACUUGCGGAAUGGCUUGGAAGCCUCACCUCUCUUCAGGAACUUGUCUUCCAAAAAUGCCAUGCUAUGGAACAGUUGCCGAAGAGUAUCAAUGGACUGAAAAAACUGAAGGGUCGGCGUAUUCUGAACUGCCCACAGUUGAAAAAAUGGUUUAAAUCAGUGGAGGGCACGAAAAACUUUGAUAAAAUCAGACCAAACUAUGAAUAACAUGCUACUAGGGAUCAAAAUCCGAAGGAGUAUCUCGGCUCCCUUAGGCAUUGACCACUGAGCUCUGAAAUUGUACAAACAGAUAAAAGAAUCCAUUGAGAAAUUUCUAAGUUAAAGAAGGUGUGUUCAUUCAGGCACAGAGACUUCCAGCCAGCAAAACAUGAUCAGAUGCAGCUUUCCUCUGGUCCGUCGAUUCUGUGUAACGCUCUGGUGAAUCCUAAACGUUGCUAAGCCUUUACCUCAAUGUAGUUUAUCACUGCCGCGCAAGGGUACACAAAUCCUCAAUUUGGUUCUGUAAAUUUGAAUUAUGUAUCACUUAUCAAU